CAAUCAUGCAUACAAUACUAAAGUGCAUUGUCCUCCUAUCCACUUUAAUGAAUACGUAAACAGAUGUCAAACAGACUAAUUAAGGCUAUCUCAGCGAUGAGUACCUGUUAAACAGCGGAUUGAAUCGGUCUCCACGUUAUUUUUGGUUAAACAUUCCUGCGAAACGUAAGACAUUGGGUUGGUAGUACGGCGGUGAGUUGCAAUCUGAUAAUUUGCUACCAAUAUUGAAAAUGUCUAAGAAAACUGACAAGAGUAACAGCAUUGUCUUGAGCUAUCGAGACAGCCUGCUAAGAGAGACUGACGUGCAGCUCCUGCAAGGGCCGCAUUGGAUUAAUGAUGCAGUUAUUGGAUUUUACUUUGAAUACCUGGGUGAGAAAAUGGAUGAGCAGUCCGAAGGUUUAUUAUUCGUUAGCCCAGAAUUAACUCAACUGCUGAAACUCACAGACCCCUCGGAUUAUGGCAUGCUGUUAGAACCCAUUAGAGCAAAGUCAAGAUCAUUCGUAUUCUUUCCAUUAAAUAACUGCGACGAUAAGGAAAGUCCUGGUGGCACCCAUUGGAGCCUACUUGUAUAUUCUAAGCUGGAAAGGAUAUGCUUUCACUUUGACUCAUCUAAAGGUAUGAACAGUCAAGUUGCAAGAAAUUUUGCAACAAGUAUUGCAGACUACUUUGGCAUAAAGAGAUUGGGAUCAUACCUUGAAGUUGAUACACCACAGCAAAGUAAUGGCUAUGACUGUGGACUAUAUGUUUUAUGCACUACGGAGUUAGUUGCCAUUCACGCAGCCUCAAAGUCACAAGUUAAAGGAUGUGACUUUUUAGGCCUUGAAGCAUUGGUUAAUGGAAAGCGGAAACACUUGAUAGAACUGAUUAAUUAUUUGAGAAACGACGAAUCAUAGAUCGACAGAUAACUGCGAUGGUGAACUGAAUAGUUGCAUUAUUUUCGUAUGAAUAAAAAUUGAUUUAUUCGGUACAUAAAUAUAUAUAUAUAUAUAUAAAUAUUAUCUUAGCUUUGUUGAAUACUUGGAAUAUUACAAUAGAUAUUAGUAUCCUCAGACUGGAAAAUCUUUUGUUUAGGCCUGUUGCUAAUAUAGGUAGAUUUCAUACUUUGUUUCAAGAAUCGAGGUAUUCAAUGGCAAUGUACUGUGUUACGUCUUUAGAAUACAUUCUUUGAAUAAGUUUAUUUUCGUUUUGUAA